AUGAGGAGUCGCUUCUGCGUGUUUGGCUCUGUGAUGAUUGCUCGCUCCGUGUGCCGGCAGCGGGGCUGUGGCCGUGUUCCGUUGUCCGUGGGAUUUGAGCUGGAGGCGGUGGCGGUGUGUCUCUUCUUCUCCUCGUCCAUUGGUGUGUGGCUGCUGGCGGUGUGUGCCUUCCUUUUGUGGAGGGCCGAACCUUCUCACCCGCGGACUGACGGCACUGCGAUGGUGUUUGUGUUUGUGAGGGCUGGUGUGGAGUUGCCGGCCAGGGCGAGGGCCGUGGAGGUGCUUUUCCCGUCUGUCUUUUGUUCUUUUGUGUGUUUUGUGCUGCUCCUUGCUUUUUCUCCCUUUUCUCCUGUGUUCCUGCGUGGGGUGGCCGCAUGCUCACGGGCCAUGUUGAUCGUAAUUGCCUCUUGA